GUUAGUUGGGUUGGCUAGUUAUUUCCUUUCUCUGUUCUUCUCCAACUCCACACAGACACAAGUAUUAACUCACUCAUUAUUACUAUUAGAUGCUUUUGCUUUCUUCCAGAGAGACAAGUCUCCCUCCCAAGAAUCUAUUCUAAGUUUCUUGGCCAAUGUAAAUUGCUAGCAGUUAGAAAUCUGGUGAUACUAAUUAAGUAAUGAUGGACAUGAAUGGAUUCCUUUCUUGCUGAUCAUGUAGAUAUUUGAUGAUAUAAUUGGGUGCUGCGAUUGUAUUUGAAAACCGAUAUGUAUAAGAACCAGCUGCAGGAACUUGCACAGAGAAGCUGUUUCAACCUGCCUUCAUAUUCUUGCAUCAGAGAAGGACCAAAUCAUGCACCAAGAUUCAAAGCUUCUGUUAACUUCAACGGUGAGAUCUUCGACAGCCCAAACUACUGCACCACACUGAGACAAGCAGAGCAUUCUGCUGCUGAAGUAGCCCUCAAUGUUCUUUCCACUAGAGGCCCUUCAAGGUCUUUAACUGCAAGAGUUCUUGAUGAAACUGGAAUAUACAAAAACCUGCUUCAAGAAACUGCUCGCAGAGCUGGGCUGAAGCUGCCUGUAUACACUAUUGUGAGAUCAGGGCCAGGGCAUGUACCAACUUUCACUUGUAGUGUAGAGCUUGCUGGCAUGAAUUUUAAUGGGGAGGCAGCAAAGACCAAGAAGCAAGCUGAAAAGAAUGCAGCAAUUGCUGCCUGGUCUGCCUUGAAAAGAAUCUCACUGGUGGCAGACAAAGAAGGAGAGAGUAGUGGUGAUCAAGAACAGCAGGAGCAAGCAGUUGUGACAAGGCUGCUCUCAAACAAAGAAGACCAUAGCAGACAGUUGAGGAGGAGACCAGAUCCUCAAACUCAAGCAAGGAGAAGAACUGUGAGGGGUGCUCAUAAUCAUAGUCAUAGUUAUAGGUACAACAAUGCCUCCACCUCCACCUCCACCUCCACCUCCACCUCCACAAACUCUCUAGUACAGAACCUACAGCAUUGGAGGCUCAUAGAUGAUCUGUUAACGGAUUUGGUUCCUCGAGUUUCAAGUAAUUCACAGAAACAAAGCAGCUUUGCGUCUCUUCUCCCUCCACCGCCACCGCGAAAGGAGUCCAAGAUUUUUCCACCAACAGCUACACUCAACAAAUCAAACAAUUCCUCCUACUACAAUUCCAGUUAUAAUAGGCCUGUUCCUGUCCAAAUGAGGGGCGGUGGUAGAUCACAGGUUGUUCCACCUCCAUUGGAAGACCACCAAAAGGAUGAGGAAGAAUGGCGUGGUACAAAGUCAGAUAGCUUGAUCGGUAAGAUGCCCAAUACUGAAAAGGAAGGUCAUAGUCCUAGCCCUAGUAAUUAUUUUUCAAAUCCAAGCAGUCCUGUAUUUGGUUCCAGUGUUGCACACAUCAGGCAAUUUCCUAUGUCCCCAAAUCCAGUUAAGGCACCAACUACUAGUGCAAGUGCAAGUUCAAGUUCCCUCCUGGGCAGAAGAAGCAUGUACACUCAAGGGUUCAAUCCUUACGGUCAUAGGGUUGCCCCAGCAGUUCAUAUCAGAUCGGUGAUUCCUGUUUGUGCAGCACCAUCUGUAGCAGUGAGGCCCUUAGUAGUAACUCCAUCAUACCCACCACCAUUGCCAAUAUUACCAAGAAUGAAAGAAACUUGUAGCACCAGUUCCGGUCCUGGUACUAGUGCUAGUACUAGUUCACAACCAGCAGCAGUAGCAGUCCUGAAAGAGAGUGAUUCUACAUGAACCUCGAAUCCUCGAUCGACGCAACCACCAUCAUUUCCAGCAGCUCAAAGUUUUCACUUGCCUAUUAAGUAAUCAGUACGUACGUAGCAAACUCAAGUGAGUGCAACUGAUCGAGCUGGCGGAGUUGUGAUGAGCGAGUUGAACAAUUAGUAGAAUUAAGAUGAUAAUUUACAGUUUGUCUUUGUUGUCAUGCAUCUCCAAUCGAUGAUAUCAUGGUGAAGUUUUGUAAAAGCUCUUGUAUGAUGUAUAAUUAUCACCUAAGUAAGCUGCU